UGAUGUUGUAGAAGGGAGAAUUACAGGUACCCUAGGUAGCUAAUGUGGUUGUUUCAGCGCAGUAUUACCCCACUACGAUGCAAGUAGGUACGUACUUCCACCACCAUACGGUGACUUCCUUACCAUACCUUAGGUAGGUAGUUACUGCCAGUUACUGCCAUCUACCCAGGUAUUUAUUUGCAUCGUCCUCAUCCUCGAUGUUAUCUAUCUCUCCCUCUUUUAAUCACCAAUACCUAAACCCCCGAACCCCCGACGAUGUCGCCCUCCGCCACCGGUAUUGGCGAUAUGCCUGUCGAAAUCAUUCGAAACAUCGGCGAAUUCCUAUCACAACCAGAAAGCGCUUGUCUGGCGCAGACUUCGAAAUAUAUGAGCUGCGUCGUGUCACCUAUCAUGUACGAAAGAGACCUUCGCGAAGAUAACCACGCCUUGUGGUGGGCGUGCGCUAGUAACAACACCAGAGUCCUGAAACGCUUCCUUCGUACCGCAAAGCAAUUCACGGGAACCCGCAUGGUUAACUAUCGCUUUCGAACACAACACAGUAUAGCAAACCGUCCUGGCUGCGAGGGUUUCAGCCGAGGGAUGACCCCGAUAGCAGUCGCGAUUCGUUUCGGCUCCUUCAACGUUUUCACCUACCUUCUGAAGUCUGGAGCAAACGUUAAUUUAGCAGACGCCUUGCCAAUUCGCACCAAUAGCCACUGCUGGUAUCCGAUUAACUGGGCUACACAUGUGGUUAAGCCCGGAGGCGACUUUACUAUCUGCGCGCGGCUACUUGCUGAAUACGGUGCGACCCUGGAUCAGCAACCACUCGCUAAAUCCGUUGUUCCCGGCCCUUCGCGGGGAUAUCGAGUUGGAGAAAUGAGCCCUGUAUUCGAGCAACUGCACUUUCAACCCGGCGAUCUGUUCGACGACAUUACAUACCUUCAUCGUCGACUCUAUGACCUUCUUGACGGGCGGCUUAACAAGUUAACCACCCUCCUCCAUCUCGGAAUAGACCCCGACAAAGUUGAACUCCACACUGGGCAUAGCCCUAUUUUUCGAUUGGCCAUGAAUUUAGACAAAUUUCGUCCGGCCGACCAUUACGAUGCUAGAGGUUCAACAACUCUUCGCCAAGAACUCGACAGCCUAUACGACGAAGUUAUUAUCCCUUACAGCAUUGAUUUCCUUGAUAAUCUAGUCAAAGCUGGAGGCAAUGUCGACCUGACCUAUCAAGGCUCGGCCGUUUCGGAAACAGCGCUGCAUGUGGUGUGCAACAAGAGCGAGCUGCAUCAGGCCGUUAUCUCUUUCCUCGUCGAUCUUGGUGCAGAUAUUAACGCCACCGAUGAGAACGGCCGUACACCAUUUUACAGAAUCAUGGCCAACCCCCCAUUCAAGACUAAGGUGUUAUGGAAGUUCAUCCAUAAGAACGUCGCGAUCAACCACCGAGACCAGAAUGGCCAGACGCCAUUGCAUUUCCUUUGUGAGAAUUACGGGAUGUCGAUGGCCCUGCUCGACCAGACGAUUAAAGCUCUUGUUAAGGCUGGUGCCGACCUGUUAGCUAAGGAUAACAAUGGAAAGACCCCUUGCGAUCUUCUUAAAGACCGCCGCCCCCGUGUAUUACAUUUCAUUGUUGACGAGUUGGAAGAGGCUGAGGGAAGGGCGCUGAAGCGCGCGGAGGGACGCGGAAGGAAGGGUUAGUAGGUAACGCGAGUUAGGAGGGAAAGUAAUAUGAAAUGAGAAUUGACCGUGCUUCUGAGAUUUCGUACGACCUGAUGUGCACCG